AUGGCGCCCGACGUCUCCGCGCGCAUCCGCGCCGGGCACGACGCCUCACCGCGCACGCCCGACGCGAUCAAGCGUCCGGACGGUCCCGCCGAGUCGUCGCUCGCGGGUCCUCUCAGGCGCGCCGUGCUCGACGACCGCGCCGCGGAGGUGCGCGCGCUCAUGAAGUUUCGAUCGGUGAGCGAAAAUCGAGCUCCCGACGGCGAUUGCACCGCCGCGGACGCCCUGCUCCUCGCGAUCGAGCGCGGAUCGUUCGCGUCGACGGUCGAGCUCGUCAAGAUGCGCGCCACGCCGCUCGACGCGGCGUGUCUCCUCGCCGCGGCGGCGUCGCCCAACCCCGAGUGCGCCGCCUUCGUCAUCGACGGGUGCACCGCCGCGGGGGUCUCCCCGGACUCGAGGGAUCACUCCGGCCGCACGCCCCUCGAGAUCGCCACGAGGCACCGCGCCGAUCUCACCGCACCGCACGAACGAUCCCCGACGAGCCACUUCUCCCCCGCGCAUCGACACGGCGACGACGGCGGCGCCGGCGCCGUCGCCUCGUCCCUCCUGCGAUGCGGCGCGGGCGCCAACGUGGAGUUCUCCGACGGUGCGACGCCGCUCAUCGCCGCGGCCCGCGCGGGGCGGCACACCGUCGCCGCCGCGCUCCUCGCGCACGGCGCCGAUCCCCUAGCCGUCGACAGAUCCCGAUCGAUGGACGCCGUCGCCGGCGGGACGGCGCUGCACGCGGCGGCGAUGAGCGGCCACGCCGAGUGCGUCCGCGUGAUCGUCGACGUCCUUCGCGCCAUCAUGGAGGACGACGAGGCGUCCGCGGGUGCCUUCAAGGGUGCGAACGGGGGCGACGGUCACAUGAACUGCCUCAACCCGUUUGCGGCGUUUUCGCGCAUCUUCAGCUCGCUGGGCCCGGCGCCGCCGUCGCCGGGGCUCAAGGGCACCGACUGGAGCGAGCUCACCGGAGAGGACGAUGAGAAGAACGGCGGUGCCGGAAGCUCCGUCGCGGCGCCCAGCUCGCCGGUCAUGGGCAGCGACGACGAUGACGACGAAAAGGACGAAAAGGAUGGGGAACGAAAACCGAGCCUGCUGGAUGCUGGCGACUCCAUCGGGAGGUCCGCGCUCCUCCUCGCGAUCGCGGGCGGGAACAUCGCCGCGGCGUCGGUGCUCUGCGACGCGGGCGCGGACAGGCGCCAGCGCGUCGGCGAUCGGACGCUUCUCCACGUGGCGGUGGAACGGGACGAGCCCGAGAUUUGCGAAAUCUUACUUCGCAGGCGGGACUCGCUGACGCCCAGGGCGCUGUACCGCUCUGAUUCGUUCGGAGGAGGAGGCGUCGGGCCUUUCGGGACGGGCGUCGGGCGGGGGGCGCUCGCGGGUCCACCCGCGGAGGUGGACGCGAGGGACAGCGGCGGGAGGACCGCUCUGAUGCUCGCGGCGGAGGCGAGAAAGUCGCAGUGCGCCGAGGUGCUCGCCGACCGGGGCGCCGACCAGGACGCCGCGCCCGGCCUUCGUCGCAAAGUGGAGACGCUCCUCAACGUGUACAUCUGA